AUGCCAGGAUCUCUCAAUCCGCCAAUAAGCUCCGAAGGUCCUUCUACUUUAGCCCAUUCGGUCAACGAAACAAGACAGAAAUUUGAAAGCAUGCCAAUUAUAGACUCAGGUAUAGCAACUCCCAACGAUUCCGAUAGAUCGAGGCCAACUUCCACUCCAAUCGACAAGGAAGAGCCUUCAGCCUCACUGAGGUCUCCAAUCGUCGCUGUACAGCGUGCUGUGUCUGAAAAGUCCAACACCAUCUUUGUCUACGAUUCUGCCAAGUUUGACGGCUUCGGUGAGGAUCUCAAUGACGAUCGUGUAAAGUUUAUGCAGGAUAGACAAGGCUCAGGCGCUGCGAUCGCUGGUUAUUCAAGAGCCAGCCAAGUUGGAACCAUUUCAGUUCUCAUCAACAGCCAAUCACUCACCAAUUUCAUCCCAGCUUUGAAAUCUUACUCUGAGAAGUCAAAAUUGGUGUUACAAGUCAACAGUUACGAUAGAGACGCUGAUCUUAACAUAAGAAGCGGUAUUUCAACCAUUUUGGACGCUGCACACCAACUCGAAAACUACACUAUCUUGUUAUCAGCAAGCGCCGAGGAAGUUGUUCUUAACUCCCAACUCGCUUAUGAUUUGCCUGGAAACGUCAUCCACGCAUUUGAUGGUAUUUACGCUGCUAGAGAGAAGUCUAGUCUUCGCAACAUCAAGCCGUCCUCAGGAGCUGCUGUCACAUUCCACAGCUCAGAACCUGUCACAAAAGCUCUGGUCGUGCCUGGGUCUGAUAUCUCUAACGCCUUAAUUGCUGGCUUAGACAAGUCGUAUGGUUUGUUGGUCAUUCACAAACUUCGUCCAACCAACUUGAAGGCUCUUAGCGAGAGCAUUCCAGCCUCGAUUGAAAAUUUAUUGGUCUACAACGAUGAAAGGGCACAGGGAGUACUCUUGAAUGACGUUGUAUCUGCCGUUUUCACCGCUCAACGUAAAAUCAAGGUUAAUGCUUUCAGCGACCCUGCACCAUUCACCGCUGCUGUUCCUCAAGAUCAAUCUAAGUCAUGCGUGUUUGUUGAGCAACCAAACCAACUUACUGCUGAUUUAGUUGGUUGUCUCUUUGCUCAAAACAAGAACCUUUCAACCAAAGUUCAAACUGCAUACGAUCACUUCAUCGGUCAGACCGGAUUGUCAUUGUCUCAUUUAAAGAUUGGCAAACAAGACUCAGGCGCAGCACUUGCACUUCCUGUCGAAUCUUCAGUUGACUUCCUCAGCGUGAAUAUUGCAUCUUUGAAGCAAACGAAUGUGUUCAAGUAUGUGAAGGAUGGUGGUAUUGUUUUACUCGAUGGCCCACUUCAGACACCCGAGGAGGUUCCAGCGAAGCUUUCAUAUGCCGACAAGCAGACUGUUAUCGAGAAGAGAUUGAGAUUAUGGGUUGUUGACUCUGUUGCAAUCUCAGAAGAUCACCAAUCUGUCGCGCUUCUCGUUGCCUUCUUGCUCCUCUUCACAUCUUCAGUCCCAAGGUUGCCAACAAGCGUCAAGGGCUUGCUCAAAAACUUCCUUCCAGCGUUGCAAAAGAUAGACACCAUUAUCACACACACGGAGGAGUCAUUGUAUGAGUCCGUCGUCGAUAAAGCGUCUUGGUUAGCUGUGCAACCCGGCAAGGAGAUCAAACCUGACUCGAGAAUAGUUGGUAUCAGCUUUAAUGGAUUAUCUCCAGUCGCAGUCGGCACUCAGGACGAGAAUCUCAACAGCAAGGUUCAUGCAAUUAAAGGAAGUUGGGUAGAGCCAGCAUGGCAAUUGAUGUUCAACGAAUCUUUUACAACUGGUGCAUCGGAGUACGAAAGACCACUCGCAACUCUCAAACCAUCGAUCCCAGAGGACACACAUCUCAUCACUGUCCAGGAAAACCGCAGACUCACUCCAGAUGACUACGACAGAAAUGUUUUCCAUAUUUCAUUCGAUACGAACGGAACAGACUUGAAGUACGAGAUUGGUGAGGCUUUGGGUAUCUAUGGACACAACGAUGAGAGUGAAGUGAAGGACUUCUUGCAGUGGUAUGGUCUCCCAGCAGAUGGAGUGAUUUCUGUCGAACAUGACAAUGGCAGAGUAGAGUCUAGGACUGUUUUCCAAGUAUUCCAACAAGAUGUCGAUAUCUUUGGUAAGCCACCAAAGUCAUUCUUCGGCGCUCUUGAGGAGUAUGCUUCGAGUAGAGAAGAGCAGCGCACAUUGCGUUUCAUUAGCUCAGCUGAAGGAUCAUCGACCUUCAAGAAGAUGUCUGAAAUUGACACACUCACAUACGCUGAUGUGUUGAAGAUGUUCCCAUCGGCACGCCCACCAGCUUCCGAGUUAUUGCACAUGAUCGGCGAGAUCCACCCACGCCACUACUCCAUAGCCUCCUCGAAUGCGGCAGUCGGUAACCAGGUAGAUCUGCUAAUUGUGACAGUAGAGUGGAAGACACCAUCUGGCUCACCACGCUACGGUCAAUGUACGCGCUAUUUGGCUGGUCUCGCAGUCGGUACCAAGGUAGCGGUAUCUAUCAAGCCAUCAGUGAUGAAGCUGCCAGAGCGCGACGAUGCCCCUAUCGUUAUGGCUGGUCUGGGUACGGGAGCAGCGCCAUUCAGGGCGUUCAUUCAACACCGCGCAUGGCAACGCGAGCAGGGCGUCAACGUAGGACCGCUCUUGUACUACUUCGGUAGCAGAUACAGAGCCGCAGAGUACCUGUACGGCGAGGAACUAGAGGCUUACAUGGCCGAUGGCGUCAUUACACAUAUGGGAUUGGCUUUCUCGCGUGACGGCAAGGGUAAGGUGUACAUCCAGCACAAGAUGCUCGAAGAUAAGAAGAUGUUGCACAAGAUGCUGGCUUCUAAGGAGGAAGGUGGAGACGAGGGUAGCUUCUUCCUCUGUGGUCCUACUUGGCCAGUUCCAGAUGUUUAUGAGGCCCUCUGCGGCAGCUACGUCGAAGCUGCUGGCAAAUCACGCAAGGAGGCCGAAGACGCUAUCGAGGAUAUGAAGGAGCAUGAGAGAUAUGUUCUUGAGGUGUACUAG